AUGUGGCAUUCCAGUACACACUUGUGUUCCCCUGAAUGGCCCAGAGCCAGUCCCCUGGGUCCCAGUGAGAGGAGGCAAAGGAAAAACCACACCAGCAAACUGCAGGAGCUGGCAUUGCUGCUACCCAUGGCCCUGAAGAAGGGUACCAAGAAGCUCACCAAGAAGGAGAUUCUCCUGCACGUCCUGCACUACAUUCAGUACCUCCAGAAAAACAUCGAUGUGGCCAAGGCCUUGCUCAAAUUCCACACCGCCAAUGGGGAAGGCAGACUUGGGGGGCUGGCUCGGAACCCGGCCGUGGGCCCAGCAAAGCUGAGACGCUCCACCCCUUCGCGCUCCCCACACUGGAGGAAGUCCCGUCUUCAGGGAGGCUGCCGGAAACCUCGGAAGAAGAAACUGACCGGAUCGUCAGAAUGCCAGACCCGGGCCCAGAAGCCUCGCCGCUGCCUGGCCCUGGACAAGCCCAAGAAGUGGGUAACCCCAUCCCCAGACCAGCAAGGAGGAAAUGUGGGGAGGACCACCACUCCUUCAAGAUGCACCACCUCCAGCAGUCACCCCAAAGCUGCAUCAGCCCUGCCUCAAGAUGACAGAAAGGGAGGAAGGUCCCGGCUGACGUUGCUGGACAUGGCUGAGAACAGCACCCACUGUGACAUCUCAAGCUGCUGUUGCAGAGUCAGUGCCCAGGGUAAUGGGCCCUACCCUGCCUUCAAGGCCCAACAAGGGGCCGAGGGGAUCCAUUUUCUCAACAGGACACAGCCCUGUCCCAGACAGAAGAUGGUGUUCUACGAUUCCAGCGAGGAAGUGGACAAGGAGUCCCCAGAUGCUGACCCUUGGCUUCCUGCCUGGACCCCAGAGGGCAGCCCCCAUGGGAGCUCGCUGGCCUUGGGGCCUCCCCAGGUUAACAGCUGGGCUGUGACAGGCCACCCGAGUGAGAUCCUCGGGCUCAGCCCCUCCCUCUUCAGCUCCCCAGGAAACACGCUGCCAGAACAGAUCCUGGAGGACGGUACUGAGUACCUGGUGCAAGGUCUCUUUGAAGAAGUGUUCCUAGAUCCUGAGUCUCCACUCCCCGAUGACUUGCUUGAGGUGCCACAGAACAAGGAGACACCCUCUGAGGCUCCCAAGGACCCCCCCGACUCCCACAGCCUGUGCCAGUCCUCUGUCUCACUGGACCACUGCUACCUGUCGCUGAGCGAGAACAGCAAGGCGCCGUCCAGCUCCAGCUCUGAGAACACGGACGAAGAGCCAGUGUGGAGGCAGCCAGAGGACGAUGAGGCCGACCCCGAGCGCCUGCAGUCCUCCAGCGAUGAGGAUGGAGACUACACAUGGACCCCCACCAGAGCCUGCCCUGGGACCGCAUCCACGGCUGCCACCAAGGAGCUGGCCCAACUGUGGCGGGUGAUGACCCAGCAGGAGCGCAGACCAUACUGCGUCAAAGCGCGCAGGUUCAGCCUCCAGCACAACCGGAUCGUGAAGCAGGACAGCUCCAGCAGCGAGGACGAAGACUGGGGGACCCCCAAGCCCUUCUACCAGCUGCUGAGCAAGGAGAGGGCUGUAACAGAGGAGGCCUCCAAUCCAGAGGACGGUGUCCCUGGGCAGGAGCAGACAGUGGGGAGCCCCCUGGCACCUCCAGGGCUUGGAGAGUUUAAGGGGCCCAGGGAUACGUAG